GGGUCAUUGCCCAUUUUCGCUACCAUGGCCGACGCCAAGACCGGCCCCAAGGCCAUCUUCCCGGGCCCGCAGUACGAGGCCGCGCCAACGCUGCCGGGCAAGGUCGCCGGCGCCAUGUACGUCGUGAUCAUCAUCCUCAUGACGCUCGGCUUUGGCUUCUACAUCGUCGUGCCUACGCUGCUGCUGCUAUCGUGGACGUGCCCGACGGUCGCCGAGCACAUCUACCGCGUCGUGCUGGGACUCUUCUGCGCCACAGUCUCGGGCAUCCUCGAGCACCUCGGUGGCAUGGAAGUCGUCGUUACCGGCGAAGACGGCGAGACGUUUGCGUUCAACGACAGCGAUCGUAUUUUGCUCAUCUCCAACCACCGCACGGAAAUCGACUGGCUCCUCCACUGGAACUUUGCCAUGAAGAUUGGCCGCCACGAUCGCAUCAUGACCAUGCUCAAAGCCGGCCUGAAGAACGUCCCGCUUAUCGGGUGGGCACUUAACAUUCUCAAGUUCCCAUUCGUUCAGCGCAACUGGGCCGAAGACCAGGACAGCCUUGGUCGCAUCAUCGACUCGUACCACGCACGGCCGUGGGGCACGUGGCUGGCCAUGUUCCCCGAAGGCACGGCGCUGUACGCCAAGACGUUUGCCGAGUCACAGGCGUUUGCCACAUCCAAGGGGCGCACGCCGUUCAACUACGUUCUCGAGCCGCGCCUCAAGGGCUUUGCGCUGUGUAUUGACAAGUUCCGCCCGACCUAUGUCCUCGACAUGACGAUGGCGUACCCGGAGCUCCGGUCGGGUGUUCGCCCGUCGCCACUGCGCAUGCUCUUUGGCCAGUUUCCGUCGGCCGUGCAUUUCCACGUGCGCCGGUUCACGCUCGACGACGUCAUGGCGGCCGAGUCGACCGACACGUGGUUGUACGAGCGCUUUGCGGCCAAGGAAGAGCUUCUCAGUCAGUUUUACGCCAAGCACGACGGGACGUUUGACAAGCCGGUCGCGACGUGCCUUCCGUCGUCGCGCCCGCUCUUCUUCAAGUCGCUGAUGGUCGUGCUCGCGGUCAUUGCGGGUCUCCUCCACGCGCUGUGGUUCUGGAACUACAGCGUCACGUGGCUCGUGCUCAUGACCACGAUCGUGUACAUCAACAAGUUCUUUUAGAGAGCUGCAUUAGAGAAAUAAUAGAGUCAUGCGAUUGACGACAGU